CCUGGCGAGAGUCCAGGACGGAAGGGGGGCCGCAGGGGCUGCUGGGAUGUGUAGUCCGCAGGAGUCCGGCAUGAAGGCGGUGGGCGUGAGGAUGGUGACCCGCAGCCGCAGCCGGGGACCCGUGGCCGGGCCGCGGGGGGUUGGGGAGGACGCCGUGCGGCUCCGGAUGGGAGAGGCGGCUGCAGAAGGAAGGAAAAGCUGCAGCCCCGUGAAGCAUCCACAGAAGACCCAAAGGCUCAAAGUGGCCUAUGAGGCCCCAGGAGGUGAGAAAGGAGAGGGGACCGAGCCGCUCGUGGCGCCAGGCUGGGAGCCUCCGGACUGGCGGAAGCAGCUGGAGAACAUCCGGGCCAUGCGGAGUGGGAGGGACGCACCCGUGGACCAGCUGGGGGCUGAGCACUGCUACGACCCCAGUGCACCCCCAAAGCAGGUGCGGAGGUACCAGGUGCUGCUGUCACUGAUGCUCUCCAGCCAGACCAAAGACCAGGUGACAGCGGGUGCCAUGCAGCGGCUGCGGGCCCAUGGCCUGACGGUGGACAGCAUUCUGCAGAUGGACGACAGCACGCUGGGCACACUCAUCUACCCCGUGGGCUUUUGGAGGCCGCCUGCCCUUCCCUUCCUCGCCCAGGCUGCCCACCCGCCUGCCUACUCCUUUGUGUACUCCCAGCGUCCCCGGCGUGCACAGGCCCUCCCCUCUGGAGCCCCAGCAGGCCACAGAGUACAGAGCAAGGUGAAGUACAUAAAGCAGACCAGUGCUAUCCUGCAGCAGCGCUACGGUGGAGACAUCCCAGCCUCUGUGCCAGAGCUGGUGGCGCUGCCAGGCGUCGGGCCCAAGAUGGCACACUUGGCCAUGGCCGUGGCCUGGGGCACCGUGUCAGGCAUUGCAGUGGACACACACGUACACAGAAUCGCCGGCCGACUCAAGUGGACCAAGAAGGCAACCAAGUCCCCUGAGAAGACCCGCACUGCCUUGGAGGAGUGGCUGCCCAGGGAGCUAUGGAGUGAGAUCAAUGGACUGCUAGUGGGCUUCGGCCAGCAGACCUGCCUGCCCGUCCGCCCCCGCUGCCAGGCCUGCCUCAACCGGGCCCUGUGCCCGGCUGCACAGGGACUCUGAAGGCUUGCAACCUCUGCCCUGGGCCACUCUGGCCACCGUCUGUUAUGUGCCUCUGCUAGGGAUUCGCAGCCUGUUUGUAAUAAAGCUUGGGGGUGUUUGCAGUCA